AGUCGAGAUCACGUCAAAACAGCGGCGACUCCGAAGAAAGUAGCAUUCGCAAAGUGAAAUAAGACGCAUUAGUAAGCAAUUCGUAAAUUCGCGAUCGUGCGAUUUUCAUUUCAUUAAAAAACAAACACAAAGUUAAACAAAAAACAAUUAUGCCAAACAACAACAACAAACAAUGCAACACUUUCGCCUUUGUCAGCUUGUUGUUGGUGCUGCUGCAAAUGGCCGCGGCGCAGCGUCCCUCCUUUGCGGGCAUACGGCCACCGGGACUCAAUCAAAAGGACAAAUACAACAUGAACAACAACAACAAUAACAACAGCAACGUGGAUAUUGGCAACCGCUUUGGACAACCAGAUGAGCCACCAGCACUGGCGUUUGGUGCCACACAAAAGCCACCAGCGAGUUACAUACCAAUAGUCUUCCCCGAGUCCAACUAUCUGCCCAUGGCCACACCAACCGCACGACCUGUAGCCGAUGGUAUUGCGAAUCGUUUUGGCAGCGGCGAUGCUGAUAAUGUGCAACAAAAUGUUAAUACAGUAAUCAGCGCGGCCGCCAGACCCGUUGUCAGUGGUGCGCCAAAUCGCUUGCCAAUCGACGCGAAAGACGAUAGUGAGCUGGUGGCUAUACUUAAUCGCCUGCCCGAAGAUCAAAGGCCUUUCUGGUUCAUCAAUGCGGCGGCAAUCGAAGCGCAAAGAAACGGUUCAUUCGCGAAUUUCGCCGGCGCGAUCAACUCGCGGGGCAGCUUCUUCGGCUAAAGUAUUAUAUAAACCAAACACACUGGAUUUUCUCGCAUGCGCAUUUUAACAUUUAAGCUUAAGCCUCUAGUAUUUAUUUUUGAUAUUUUCAAAUGUGUUUAAAUUAGUCAUAACCGUUUCCAUAAUCGAAUCAUUGUAAUGCUUGACAGUCUGCGCUGUUCGAGUAUGAAAAUCUCAUUAUAUUAUGUUAAGUAUAUACCGUUUGGCAUAUAUCCAUAUACACGAUUAUUAUAUAUACACGAAUGUACAUAUGUAUUUCAGUAGCACAGAUUACUUGCCAAAGCAAUUAUUUUCGAACGAGCCAUACCUGCCUUUAUUCGAAACGUAAAAUCUCAUGUCACAAAAAGCUGCGCUAAAGCAAUCACAGAAGCAUCACUGAGCAAUAAGUUGUAAAUAGCAAUAAAAAAAAACCCACAAAGUGGGAUUUGCAAUAACAAGCUGA